UGUUCAACAUUAUAAACUGUCAGAGAUGACUGAUUUGAAGGAUUGUGAAAGUCCACUUUUGCUUUGAUGAAUGGAGGAACAUCUCAUGAUGCGGGAGUGAAGGUAUCACAACCUGGUGUUGUCGGGGCGAAUGAUUUAGUGAUUGUAGGGCCAGGUGUACUUGGUCGUAUGGUAGCUGAAACAUGCUCUAGUUCUUUCCUGUUCACAUCAAGUACUGCUGCAUAUGAUUGCAGUGAUAAUGGUUUUUGCAAUGAGGAUAGUCCAAUUGUGCCGAUUGGUACAAAUCCUCGGACAGAUGUACUUCUAAAAGCAGAAAAUACAACUCUGGAAGCUGGGGGAUGCAUUCCAAGGCUAGCAGGGCUUUACAAAGCAGAUAGAGGUGCCCAUGUUUAUUGGUUAAAGAAAGGAUCUGUUAAUGCCCAUCCAGAUCAUAUACUAAAUCUUAUUCAUUACGAGGAGGCUGCUUCCCUCUUGAUUACCGUCAUGCAAAAUAAGUUUCGGGGUAGAAUUUUCCUGGGCUGUGACAAUCAUCCUCUCUCCAGGCAAGAAAUAAUAGAUUUUCUGAACCAAAGUGGACAAUUUAACAAGAAGCUCCAGGGUUUUACGGGCACUGAUGGUCCUUUAGGGAAGAGGAUGGAUAACUCCAAAACUUUGAGGCAAACAGACUGAGGUGGUUCUUUUGCUGUUUCGUUCCAAGUUUCGAGUAAAUGUCAUUGAAUGGAUUUGAUGAUUAAAGUUAUAAUAAAACUUGGAAAAGUGAACUCCUUUUCGGCUUU